GAAGUAGUUUUCUUGAUCUAUAGCUAUAGCCAGUGAUGUUCCCUGUUUUGUUUUUAUUUUUUCUUGCGGCUGCGUAAGGUAAGGUAAGGUAAGGUAAGGUAAGACAGGACGUGGUGACUUUGUCGCCCCCCUGUGGAUACCACAGGUACACACCGCGUUUGACGAGGUAAUGUUUUUCUCGCAGUAGUAUGAGGAUAACAAGCCAGCCGAUCCGAGUUGCUGUUACUCGCUCCCUCAACCGAGGACGAAUAAGCUAAAAACAUUUUUUCCGAGGAGACUUCUGGUUUAUCGGCGACAGGGAAACCACCGUUUUUUUCCCCUUUCCUGUCGGCGCUGUUUGUUUAUCUUCACGGAGUCGCUCGGCUGGAGUUUGUCUGCGGUCUCUCUGCUGUCCAUGGAUUAACACUAGAGUCGACUCCGAAGCGCUGUCAUAUCAGCUAAAGUGUCAAACUCUGGAUUGUGAUCCUUACGUCACUUGCCAAUAUUCAGCGGCUGCUUUUCCCCCGGUUUGGUUGGAAACAAAGUGGAACUACAGCUAAGUCUAUGCAAAACGAGCGGAAACUUGUUGAAAUACAAUUCGGCAAGUAAACCUUUGGCCAACUGCGGUCAGCUUUACUAGCGGUAGUGGAGAGAUUUAGCUAACAAGGCUAUCAACUUUCUCUGACCGCAGCUGUAAAUAUUUAGGUGGAAGUUUCCUUUAAAAGAUACCGACAGCGGGCAGAUGUCGACAAGCCGAUAAAGUGCAUUUGUCGGAAUUAAAAUGGCACUGACAGUAGCUUAGCCGACUAGCUGUCGCUGUUGCUCCCCGUUCACUUCCAACGCUAUGUUAGCAGUGACAGCUAACGCCAUGUUAACGUUAGAUUCAAACAAGUGGUUCGCUGGAACAGUGUCAGCGUGAAGUUACAGCUUAACUUUAACCUGUUAUCGCCUCGCAGUUUGCCUAGAAAGUCGGAGCAAAUAUAUACUUUGCAAAGUCUUUAUUUAGUCCGCUUUUUUGUCGCACUUAAACAACUUUUAUUAAAGGGAGCUCUGACUGUUAGCCUAGCCGCGUUAGCUUGCCUGCUGCCUUGUAAAAACAUUGAGACAGUGCAGCCAGCCGAGCUGCCUCUGAAGUGACUGGUUUAACCGAUAACGCGAGGAGUGCUUUUAAAAUUCUCAUGGGUUUGCUACAACGCUUGGUGAGAGACUUUGUAAAAUAAGACCCCACCAGCACAGUCUUCCACUCUCUCUCCCCCCCCCCAAAACAAGUAGCUGAAGUUGUUGAACUGCGGCCCGCACCAUGUCCAGCUCCCCGGGCACAGGUGGCUCGAACCCCAGGAAGUUCAGCGAAAAGAUAGCGCUGCACAACCAGAAGCAAGCAGAGGAGACGCGGGCCUUUGAACAGCUGAUGACGGACCUCAAUGUCUCAAGGGUCCAGUUUCAGAAGAUCCAGCAGCUUCGCUUGUCUCAGUCAAGGGUGCAGUACUACGGAGGCUCUUUGCCCAACGUCAAUCAAAUCGGCAACACCAGCACUGAAUUUCAGGGUGGCUUCCCUUCAGGUUUGGACUCGGUGAGAGGGACUCGCCACCACGGGCUGGUCGAGAGGGUCCACAGGGACCGCAACCGUAUCAACUCUCCCCAUCGCCGACCCCUCGACAAGCACGGCCGGCAGAUAGAGAGCUCUCCAUAUGGAGCGGUGUACCUGUCGCCACCUCCGGACAACAACUGGAGAAGGGAACAGCAGCCAUGGACUGAGGAAAAACGGCCGGGGUUUAGAUUAAUAUCACAACUCAACAGAACCAACUCAGACUCUGCUCUUCAUACAAGUGCUAUGAACCCAAACCCUCAGGACCCAUUUGGCAUGAACCAGCAGAUGGGUAGAGGACCCCCACAGCGCAAUGCGAGUGUAAAUGAGGCCGAGGUGGACGGCUCAGGAGACGUCUUCUCCUUCCCCACCAUCCCUAACGAGGAGAACCUCAUGGGUGUCAGUAAGCCUCUACCCAAGCAGCUGUGGCAGGCCAAGAAGGUCCAGUCUCUGGCCUCAAGGCCUAAAUCCUGUGAAGUGCCUGGAAUCAACAUAUUCCCAUCUCCAGAGCAGAACCCCGGGCUGUCCCACUACCAGGGCUCGUUGAGUACCGGGGGCUCCCUGCCCGACCUCAGCAACCUGCAGUUUCCCUCCCCGCUCUCCACGCCGCUGGACCCUGACGACAACAGCGGGUACCCCAACAUCAGCGGGGGCAGCAGCACUGGAAACCUGCCAGCUGCAAUGAUGCACCUGGGCAUCAGCAACACACAAGGUCUCUCCUCCUCUUUGAGUAAUCCGUCAAUCCAGGCUUCCCUCAACAACUGUCAGCUGCAGUCUUCGCUCAGCAAUCCCUCCAUCAACUCGUCCCUGCGCCUGUCCAGCAACUCCCCCCGGCGAAGGCCAGCUCCCAUCAGCCCCCUCACCCUGUCUCCUGGGGCCGAGCAGCGCAGGGGUCUGGCCAAGCAGCUGUCUCCGACCAUGUCGCCCUCGCUGUCCCCCAUCACACAGGGAGUCGCUUUGGAUACCAGCAAUAUGCCAAGGGAGCCUCCUCCACCCUAUCCGCUCUACCAACAACCCCAGCAUGUAGUGGACCAGGGCCGCCAACGCCAGCAGCAGCAGCAGCCCGUCUCUCCACUUCAGAGCAUUCCACUAGACUUCAACACGAGCCAACCCAACAAUUUGGCAGCUCUCUUCAGCGACCCCUUCAUGGAGCCGCAGUUCUCUAAUCGCCAGAACAAGAUGGUCCCCUAUCAGUUGGAUCAGUUCGGUCUGUUGGAAAACACAAUGAGCUCCACAGCAGGGGGGUCCUGCUUCGAUCCGUCGUCCGCCUCCCUCUAUUACUCGCAGGCUGCUCAGUCAGGGAUGGGUGGCAGCCAUGGCAGCCUGCAGGACCAGAUGCACAUGAGGUCCAAUAUGUUGUACUCAAACUGCAGCGGAGGACUGCCCAACAUCAUACUGACUGACGACUCCAACCCCAGUCUGUCCAAGGACAUCAGCAGUGCGCUCUCCACGGUGCCCGAAUGUUUUGACUCAGAGGUAGGCUUCCCGUUGGAGGAUGAGCUGCGCAUCGAGCCCCUCAGCCUGGACGGACUGAGCAUGCUCAGUGAUCCUGACAUGGUGCUGCCGGACCCAUCUGUGGAGGAUACUUUCCGCAGUGACAGACUCUGAAUGUGAAGAGCACCACAUGUCUAAAGAAAACACACACUCACACUCUCACUCUCUCACACACACACACACACACACAAACACAGAUUUGCAGUGUAUAGUGUACAAAUCUGAAUCUGCAUGCAAACAAUCCAUGUAGGGCCACUGUGCAUGCAUCCACUGCCACUAAGAAAUGUGAAAGACGCCCACAUGGUCAUGCCCACUUUUGAAGAAGGAGACUUGUGAACAAACACUGUUUACGCCUGCUCUGAGCAAAGUUCCCCUCAUGCACGCUUGAGCCUCCCCCGCCCCAACACACACACAGACACACACACAUAGCCCCUCCCGGCCCGUCUCCACACUCAAAACCUCGAGGAAGUCCGACAGGAGCUCGAGUGCUCCCGCUCCUUUCACUCAUCACCAGCUCACAACGCCCUACACCCACCCCGCUCCGAGCCAUGGCAACGUCAUCACCAUGGUUACGCACCAUAGCGACUCCGCCGCUGCUCCAAAAGGUGACGCGAACGCCAGCACGCGAUUUACGUUUCUUCAAACGUACGAGUGGAGCUGCGAUGAAGUCCGUUCAAACACCUGCACGACUUUGUUCUGCAGGAAAGUCAGAUCCAGCUGUGCCCUGGCUGCAGAAGAAGUGAAGCUCACCGGGCUUUGAGCUUUGCAAAUGUGUUUUGCAUUUGGCGUCAGAUGAUUUUUGAGAUGUUUGCCACAGAUUUGUGAAUACACGCUUACACACUCGUAUACAAGCCUCAGCGUCAGUGUGACUAGAAUGUAUUUACCCACUCGACAAAAAGGGCAAACUGUUUACAAAGAGGACAUUUUGAUAUUACUACUAAAGAGUUUAGAUUUGUGAAUUUUCUUACGGAGAAGUCUGAUUCUGAGACGUUUUGUUUAUUUGCAUUUUUGAUGGAUCUCCACUUUCCUGCGUCACACGUGAGUGGGCUGUGACACUGGGACGAAUCUGCUUCAAAGGAACCACACAUUUGGAAAGUCAUGUGUACGUUCACUGCGUGUGAUUUUAUUUUACAUUUUGUACCGACUUCUAAUGACGCUUAAAAAAAAAAAGACAAGAAAAAAGGGGGCGGGGCAUGCGCUGUGCUACUUGGGUUAAUUAUGUGUUUGUCUUCUGUAGCAGUACAUAGCUCCCCUCCCUCCACCAGCACUCUGUGGCUGAAGCUGCUGAGUUGUUCAGGGGGCGCUCGAUCACGUGGACUCCGGACUUCGUGUAACGUUGCACUUAACCUCUUUUGCACUAAUUGAUUCUCAUUGUGUAGUUUCUUUGUUUAAACCUACAAACCCAAAGAAACAGAAUGAAGCCAUCACUGAAGACUUUCUAUGACUAAGUCUGUGUGUUCAGCACACAUGCAGUUGUUGCAAAAGAGCAGCACGAGUUUAAUUUUGAUGCGAGAUGAGUUUUUGUUUUCUGAGUGAAAAGUUUUUUGCUCAUAUUUGCAGACGAUUAUGUAAUGAAUAAAAGUCAUUCGGCUCCCUCUAGUGUUUGUUUUAGUCCAAACAAAGGCUGUUGUUUGCUGCCUGCUCUUUUACCUAUGCAACUUUUCAAAGAGUUUCAGAAACCUGUAGAACAGGUGCAACUUGUACUUUAUGCAGUGUAACAAGGCUCGCCGGUUGACUCGAUGGGCGGGCUCGAGUUUCCUACAAAUUGCGAUAUUACAUCUGUCCGGCGUCCACGGUGCGUGCCGACUCUCGUGAGAGUUUGCAGUGAUUGAUGCAAAGGAACCUGGAGGUGUCCUGCACUGUGUGGACUGUGGCUUCUGUCUGUGUGUCAGAGAGAUUCAGUGUCAUUAUAUUUGUCAAAAUGAAAAUGAAGGGGGGUGCUGGGGUUACACUGAGGUUGUUUUCUAAAGAGUUUAUAUUCAGUUACUUGCUCUCUCUUGUUAACUCUGUAAAGACGGUGAGUGAAGGAACCACACAGCAGUUUCUCCUCUCUUCGCUCUGAUCCUCCCCCCGUCCCAGCCUGUUUCCUGCUGCCUUACUUCCUUCCUUUCUUGCAUCUCAUAUUCCAGCAGGAGCCCGCGUCAGCUGAUUUUAGCUUUAGCUCUGUUUGGUACUGACUGCCUGUGGUUCUUUUCCAUCACUUAGUCUCACUAUUUAAUUUGUUUCUUUUUGGUGUCUUACUUUUUUCUGUUUUUCUUUUUUUUUUUUUUAGUUGCGUAUGAAAAUGUACAGUUCUGUUAUUUAAAGAAUGUUUUUGUCCACUAGUGUUACUACUAUGUUUUUUUUUUUUUUGUAAUGUCAUUUGAGUUUUUGUUUUUCCCUAAGAUAUAAAAUUUUAUUGGUUUGUAUCAUAUGUCAUAGUGCUUAUCUUUCUGAUUUAAUAUAAACAAUAAAACUCUAUACUGUGCAUUAA